CAGUACCAGGGGAUCGUGGAGUUGCUCCUCCAUUUCAGAUGGACAUGGGUUGGCCUCUUGGCUCCAGAGAAUGACAGUGGAGAAAAGUUCGUGAGGACUAUGACACCUCUGAUGAUCAGAAAUGGGAUCUGCAUUGCCUUCUCAAAAAUAUAUACAGAAGAGGAUUUAUUUCAACUAAUGGACCCAAGUGAAGCUGUUAUCAACAGGAGACAAGUCGGGGUAUUUGUUUGCUAUGUAACUGAUACAAAGGAAAUUUUCUUAAUAAUGGAAACAUGUAUAACUAUUGAGAAAUAUUGGAAGAAGGAAAUACCAGGAACAGUCUGGAUCACAACUACUUUCCAGGACAUCAACGUUAGCUUGACUUUCUCUCCUCUGUACAUCCAGUACAUUCAAGGUUCUCUCUCUUUCGCAAUUAAGACCAGGAUAAGGAGCACCAAACAUGGUUAUGAUGAAUCACUGUUCCGUAAUUUUUUCCUUUUUUGGAGUGUAGCAUUUAACUGUUCAUAUGCAAAGCAUGUUUUAUCCCCGAAAGGCCAGAUAAGAUGCAGAGAGAAGGAGGAACGGGAGUCUUUGCCCCAAGAGGAGAUUGAGAGCGCUCUGUCUGGAGACAACUAUGGCACUUACAUCAAUGUUCAAGCUGCAGCCCAGGCCUUGAAUGCUGCGUUUUCAUCUAGACCACGGCGGAUGCUGAUGGUGGGAGAAGGAGCCGAAUGGGAACAGGGAAGACUUCAGUCAUGGCAGCUCCACCCUUUCUUAAAAGAAAUCCAGUGUUUGAAUACCUCCAGGGGCACAAUAUGUUUGGAUGAGAAUUGGGAGCUGCCUCCUGACUUUGAUAUCAUGAAUUGGGUGAUGUUUCCCAAUCAGUCUCGUGCUCUAGUGAAGAUUGGCAGUAUAACGAGAGAGGCAUCUACUGGCGUCAAGUUCACCAUCAACCCAGAAGCCAUUGAGUGGCCUGAGAAGUUUCACAAGGCUGUGCCUCGUUCCAGGUGUAGCAAAAUAUGUCAACCUGGAUUUGCAAAGGUGGUUCCAGAAGGAAAGCCUGUUUGCUGCUAUGCUUGUGAUCCAUGUGCGGAAGGAACCAUGUCCAACCAAGAAGAUGCAGAACGUUGCACCAAAUGCCCAGAAGAUCAACAUCCAAACAAGGACAGAGAUCAAUGUGUCUCCAAGAUUAUCACCUUCCUGGCUUAUGAAGAACAUCUGGGGAUCAUCUUAGCUUCCAUUGUCCUCUUCUUAUCUUCUACAGCAGGCAUUGUGUUAGGAAUCUUCAUUAAAUACAAAGAAACCCCAAUAGUCAAAGCCAACAACCGGGACCUCUCCUACAUCCUGCUUGCCUCCCUUCUGCUUUCCUGUUUGUCCUCCUUCCUCUUCAUUGGGCAACCAAGAAUAGCGACCUGCCUUCUCCGACAAACGGCCUUCAGCAUCAUCUUCUCCAUUGCAGUUUCUUCUGUCUUGGCCAAGACCAUCACGGUGGUGCUGGCCUUCCUGGCCACAAAGCCCGGGAACAGGGUGAGGAGAUGGCUAGGGAAGAGUCUGGCCAACUCCAUUGUCAUCUCCUGUUCUGGUGUGCAAGUUCUCAUCUGCACCAUCUGGCUGGGCUCUUCUCCCCCAUUCCCAGAGCCCGACAUGCACUCCCAGGCGGAAGAGAUCAUCUUGCAAUGCAACGAAGGCUCUGUGGCCAUGUUUUAUGUUGCCCUCGGCUACCUGGGCUUCCUGGCUGCCAUCUGCUUCACGGUGGCUUUCCUAGCCAGGAAGCUGCCUGGCUCCUUCAACGAAGCCAAGCUGAUCACCUUCAGCAUGCUGGUCUUCUGCAGUGUUUGGGUGUCUUUUGUGCCCACCUACCUGAGCACCAAGGGCAAGUACAUGGUGGCUGUGCAGAUCUUCUCUAUGUUGGCCUCCAGUGCUGGGCUCCUGGGCUGCAUCUUCCUCCCCAAGUGCUACGUUAUUGUGCUGAGGCCUGAUCUGAAUACAAAGGAGCACCUGGGAACAAGGACUUAAGAUGUCAUCGGAUUUGUAUAGUAUUCCAUGUUGAUUCUACCCGACACUGCAGAAAGGAAACACACAUAGUUGUUUUUGGAUUAAUGCUCCAUCGAUAUAAAUCUCUCUUUAUUUUGCAUACGUCAUGAAUGAUGAAAAUGGACCUAUAAUAACUGCCACAACUACAACCUCUUGGACUGAAAAUCUUUUUCACAGGCUGAUUCCAACAAGAUACCUUAAACGUCAUGUUGUUGUUUUUUAUGCUCCUGAUCCUCAUCUGGGUCAUUCUGGCUGGUUCUGGAGGACAGUAUGGAUUUAGAUCAGUUGUAUGCAGAAGGGCAUAGUUCAGAGGCUGCAGAGGGAAAAGCUGGGGAAGA